UGAAAAAAGUUGCUAGAAGAAAAAAAACAAUUGAGGACCAACUGCAAAAAUCGAACAUCGAAAUUCCGUUAUCUCCCACUCUAUCGCUCUUAUUCGGGCAAUGGAGAUAGACGAUCCAUCGAACGAAGUGGUUUGCGGUAGGCCUUCUGAUAUAAUUCAGGCUUAAUUUUUUGUUAUAUUUUAUUCAACUGCUUUAUUCGAGGUAUUUGAGCGGAGAAGUCGCUCAAGAUAAUUAGCAGAAAAAGUGAAUCUGUAUAAAUAAGAAUUUUCUUUGAAUAUUUUGACGGGAAUUAAUAAACGCGUCGAGGAAAGUAAAUUAUAGGCGGGCACUUAACGCCUCUAGAUGUUUCUACUUUCUUAAGGGUAAAAACACUGGUAGAUAGAUCUUCAUGAUGAGUCCAUCGCAUCACAGAGUUCACAGACAUAAAGUGGCUGAAAAGUAGAAGAUGUGUCAGGAAUAAAUGCGGAAAAUAAGCGUUUUUAAAAUGGCCGAUGGUUUUGAUAAAGAAUCACCUGAUGUAAUGGAGAGUCAAAUCCUAAGGGAAAGCCCACCUGAGUUUUCUGUAAUAGUGAUAAAAAAAGAAGUCCUUAAUUUUUAUGAUAGUGAAUUUGAAUCUACAACAAGUUCAGUUCAAGACAGAAAACCAUAUUUACAAGAGGAAAUUGUACCAAAUACAUUUGAAGCUCUGAGCUCAGAAAUUCCUGAUAACGAAGUUUAUCAAGAUGAACUUCUCAACUCCAACAAAAUUAUACUUGGUUCUAAGCCGAACUUAGUUUGCGAUGAUGAAGACCAUUUUGAAAAUUCUGCUGAACUUUUCCCGGAAAAUGAUGCAUUCUUUGAAAAGGAUUCAAAACUCAAUACAGAGUCAAUAGACGUAAACUAUUUUGAGGAGUUGGUUACAUCUUACGAACCAAAAGUUGAGUUGCUUGAUAUACAGUCUUAUUUACACAAAUCAAGAAGAUAUUGCGACACUUGUGGGAUUUUAUUUCCAGAACUUAAUGCUUUUGAGAAGCAUGUACGAAUAUUUCACAAAGCGACUGAUUUAAAUAAACGCCGUAUAUAUAAAUGCACAAUUUGCGACAAAAAAUUCGUUGCGCCUCAUGUAUUAAGAAAUCAUUUAAGUAAUAUUCAUAAAUUGAAUAAUGGAAAAAUAUUAGAAAGACCAAGAUACAGACGUGUCUUGGAUAAAAUGAUGCGCCUACAUAGAUGCACAAUUUGUGCCAAAAACUUCAUUGCACCUCAUCUAUUAAGAACGCAUCUUAUAAAUAUUCAUAAAAUGAAUUAUGCGGGAGUCCCAUAUAAAAAAAAACAAAAUACCAAAAAUAAUAUUACGAAGGAGUUAGAUAGUCAAAUUGUGAACCAUGAUAUAACUUCGGAAUGGAGUAAUACAUGUUUUCAUUGCAAAAAAACAUUCGAUACGCAGAAGUGUCUAAUUGAACACUUGUAUGACAUUCUACAGAUGAAAAGAAAAAAUACAGAAAUUGUUCCAGUAUUGAAGUCAAUUUUGUUUAAAUGCAACAAAUGCGAUAUCAAUUUUACUUCAUCACAAUUUGCAGCAAACCAUGCAGAGCAUAUGGAAAUGUUAAUUAAUUGGAAGUGUACUAUCUGUAAUCGAAUAUUCAAAAAAGAGGAUGCUUUAAGUCACGAAAGACAGCACUCAGUUUCAAACAACUUCUUAGUAUAUAACUUGGAAGAUCUAGAUGUUACAAAAAUUUUAUUCAAGUGUUCUAAAUGUGCAGUACACUUUACUGAAAGUAGCUUUCUCUAUCAUUUCCGAGACUGCGAUCUAGAAGUUUCUAAAUCCGUUCACUGCAAAAUUUGUAACAUGUCACUGGAUUACAACUUAAAAACUUCUCAUGAAUAUGAACAUACGGAACCUAACUAUUAUACUAUUAUCGAAAGUGAUGUUAUAUCGGAUAACCCUGUUAAGAUGACGGCAAAUAAAUACCAAGCAAAGGAUAAGUUACAAGAAUUACUCAAGUCGUUUCGUGAGGUGAAAGUUGUUUUACAAAAAAUUGAUACAAAUACACCCAAUAAAUCUAGUAAUUUAAAAUGGUCCUCCGAUGAGUCUCUCAGCGAUUUGGAAUCCAGUUCUCACGAACAAACUAGACAUAUGCCACAAAAACUGCAGAAAGAUAACAAUGCCUCUAAAUUUCGUUCAACGACAGAAACUACAGUAAGAAACGAAAAGAAGAUAGAUUUGCACCGAAGGCGUAAUCUAACAUAUUACUACUGCAAGACUUGUAAAUGCUUCGUAAGCAGAAUAAAGAGAAAAAUCCACUUAGAAGCACGCUGUAAACUUUUUUCCAAAGAGACAUGCAAGCGCUGUUGUCUUACGUUCACUACUGCGUCUUUGAUGACACACAGAAGUCUACACGAGGAAAGGAAAGACUUGACAUUGAAGAGUUUUAAAUUCUUUAAUCUGUACAAUGGGAAACCCAUAAAUCCUGCCAUGCCUGAAGGUUGCAAUACUAAACGACUUGUGAAUAGUACAACGCGACUCGGAAGGCGUAAUGUGACAUAUCACUAUUGUGAGACUUGUAAAUGCUUUUUAACUAAGUUUAAUAAAGCCACUAUAUUCCAUAAACGUAAGCUAUGUAAAAAAAUAGCUAAGGCGACUUGUAAGCAUUGUGGCCUCGUGUUUACAAGCGCAUCUAUAAUGACACAUAUACGUUUACACGAGGAAAGGAAAGACUUGACAGUGAAAAAUUUUAAAUUGUUUAACCUACACAAUGGCCAACCCAUAGAUGCUCCUGUAAGGGCACCUGAAGUUAUAAGUUUACAACAACCUGCGAAUAUUGAAGUUGAAACGAAUAAUGGAGACAUGAGUAUGAAGAAAAAUGUAAAAUAUUACUUAUGUGAAACUUGUAAAUGCUCCGUAACUAACUUUAAGAAAAAAUUCCACUUAGAGGCACGGUGCAAGGAUUUGACUACGACGACUUGUAAACACUGUGGUCUAACUUUUACAAAAUCCUCUAUGAAAACCCAUAUGCGACUACACAAAGAAAGGAAAGGCUUGACAUUGAAAAGUUUUAAGUUCUUCAAUCUUUAUAAUGGCUUGCGCACAAGUCCUCCAAUACGUGAAGUUGUAAAUUUAAAUCGACAUGUAAACACACUCAGCGAUUUAGAAACCAAUUCUUGUGAACAAACUAGUAAUAAGUCACAAGAACUGCAGAAAGAAAACAAUGAGCCUGGAUUUAAUUCAACGGCAGAAAUUACAGUAAGAAACCAAAAGAAAGUAGAUUCGCGUCGAUAUCGUAAUCUAACAUAUUACUACUGCGAGACUUGUAAAUGCUUCGUAAGCAGAUUAAAGAGAACAGUCCACUUAGAAGCACGGUGUAAAAAAAUUUCCAAACAGACUUGCAAACGCUGUGGUCUUAGAUUCACUACUGCGUCUUUGAUGACACAUGAACGACUACAUGAAGAAAAAAAGGACUUAUCCUUAAAUAAUUUUAAAUUCUAUAACCUCUAUAAUGGCCUACCCAUGAAUCUGCCUGCACCUGCAAAUGCUAUUCUAAACGGAACUGUGAAUAAUGCAGCUAUGGUAAAAAUAAAAAAACGAUCUGCGAAAAAUAUCAAUAACUGGAAAACAAGGCGUAAUCUUACGUAUUAUUAUUGUGAGACUUGUAAAUGCUCCGUAACCAAAUUUAGAAAAGAUGUCCACUUAGAAGCACGGUGUAGUAAACUGACUAAAACGACUUGUAAACUCUGUGGUCUAAUGUUCACCAAGCAGUCUAUGAUUACACAUAUGCGUCUACACCAGGAAAAAACAGACUUGUCAUUGAAAAAUUUUAAAUUUUUUAACCUGUACAAUGGCCAUUCAAUGGAUACUCCUGUACUCGAAGUCGUAAAAACACCUAUGAAUAAUGAAGCUGAAGUAGUAAAUGUAAAGCAACCUAAUGACGUUUUUGAAGCUAAAGAUGAAAGUGUAUUACGACCUAUGAACGACAAAGAUGAACUUGAUAAUAUAAACAGGCCUGUGAACGUUGAAGGUAAAGAUAUAUUUUUUAAACCACUUAUAAUUAAUGAGGUUGAAGUUGAAAAUAUAAAACAACUUUCAAAAGAUCAAGCUCAAAGUGGAAAUGUAAAACCAUGUAUAAAUAUUAUAGCUGAUGUAGAGAAUAUAAUAUCGCAUGUAAAUAAUGAAGCUAUGGUUUUAAAUACAAAAUGCCCCUCAAACAUUCAAGCUGCAGUUGAAAAUAUUAUAGGUCUUGUAAACAAUAAAGCAGAAGUUAAAAGUGUAAAACAAACUAUAAACAUUGAAGCUGAGGUUUUAAAUACUAAACUUCCCUUAAACGUUCAAUCUGAUAUUGAAAAUAUAAAAGAAGUUGUGAAUAAUGAUGCUGAAUCUGAAAAUUUAAAACCAUCUAUAAAAAUUGGAACUGCAGUUGAAAAUUUAAUAAUACCCAUAUACAAUAAUACCGAAAUUGAAAAUUUUGAAAACUCUAUUAUCAGUGAAGAUACAAACAUAAAACUUCCUUUAAACAGUAAAGAACCUAUGAGUAAUAAAGCUCAAGAUGACAGUAUAAAUCGAGAUAAAGACAUUGAAGGUGAAAAUAUUGUACGAGCUGUGAACGUAGGAUUAAAAGUUCCAGAAAUAGAACGACCUUUAACAUACGAUGGCGAUACCGAUAUGAGUGCAAAGUUUAAUCAGAAAUACUACUAUUGUGAAACUUGCAAAUGCUUUGUAACUCAAUUUAGGAAAAAUACCCACUUAAAGGCUCGUUGCAAGAAUUUAGCGAAAAUGGCUUGCAAUCAAUGUGGUCUAACUUUUACCAACGGUUCUAUGGGGACACAUAAACGUCUUCACGUGGAAAAGGAAGACUUAACAUUAAACAAUUUUAAAUUCUUCAACUUAUAUAAUGGACAACCAAUGAAUCCCCCUAUAAAAGAAGUUAACGAAUUGAAACAAUCUGAAGACCUCGAAAUUGUGGAUAUAUCACUAUAUUCACACAAUGAAAUUGAAGCUCUUCAUGUAAAACUACCUGGAAACACUCAAGAUUGGCGCACAAAUCUUAAUAUGACAUUAUACUAUUGUGAAACUUGUGAAUGUUUCGUAACUAAAUAUAAAAGAGCUUUCCACUUACAGGCACGUUGCAAGAACUUCGCCAAAGUGACUUGUGAAAGUUGUGGUCUAACGAUUACUAGAAAUUCUAUAUUAACACAUACACGCCAACAUGAAGAAAGAAAAGAUUUCACACUAAAUAAUUUUAAGCUUUUUAACCUGCACAGUGGCCAACCCAUGAAUUCUUAUACACUGAAAGUUCUUAACAAGAAACGAAAUAUAAAUGUUAAAGCGGAAGUGGCAAGUAUAAAACCUGCAAGUAGAGAAGAUGAAAUUAUAAAUAUAAAGCGAUCUUUAAAUGUUAAAGGCAAACAUCCAAGGCGUAAUCUGAACUAUUACUUUUGUGAAACUUGUAAAUGCUUUGUGACCAAGUUUACGAAAAAUGCACAUUUACAGGCCCGCUGCAAGAGUUUUUCCAAAACAACUUGCAAACUUUGUGGUCUAAGGUUCACUAAAGCAUCUAUGAUGACACAUAAACGUUUACAUAAGGAAAACAAAGACUUAUCGGUCAAAAAUUUUCAAUUAUUUAAUCUAACUAAUGGUCAACCAAUUAAGGCUUCUAAAUUUGAAGUAGUAAAUAGAAAUCGAUUUGUAGACGAACGCAAUUUGUCAAAUUACUAUUGUGCAACUUGUAAAUGCUUCGAAACCCUAAUUAAGAAAGAAGGUCACAUACAUGAAAGUUGCAUAAACAUGGCCAGAUUGCCUUGCAAAUACUGUGGCCUAAUAUUUAGUAACGCUUCUUUUGUAAUACAUAAAAGUCUACACGAAGAAAGAAGAAACUUGACAUUGAAGAAUUUUAAAUUCUUUGACCUACAGAAUAGCCAACCCAUGAAUCCACCUUUGCCUGAAUAUCCAAAAUGUACCUCUUGUGCUGUGCAUUUUCUAACUAUUACAGCUAAGAAUAGCCACAUAUGCAGCGACGUAUCUUCUUUAACAUGUCAUAUUUGCGAAAUCAGAUUUUCCGAAGCUGCUUUUAAAUUGCAUAUGGCGUUUCAUCAAUAUAUAGCAGAUAACACUCAAAUAAUAGAAUCAAAUAAUGUGCAAUCCGCUAUGAGUGCUAUAAAUAUCAAUUUAAAUCAAAAUAUUGACAAACACGGAACUGAAAAAAAAAAAAAAAACGAAACUAACACAUCUAAUCAUGAAAACCACGAAACAGAAUUACAUAACCCCCUUGAAAUCGCCGAAGCGCCAUUAAGAAGUCCAGAUAGUAUAGAAAAUAUAGUUUAUACUUGUCGAAAUUGCUCUGUUUCUGUUGAUACAUAUGAUAAAGCAGUAGAGCAUAGUCAAAGUCAUUACGAGCCUGAGAAACAUGAGACACAUAUAAUAGUUUGUAAUUUUUGUAACUUAAACAUUGAUGAAGCAUGUUACAUAGAACAUCAAAAUGCACAUGAAAAAGGAAGCCAGUUCAAAUUGUUACAUUUUGACAGUUACUAUUUGCCUGCAGAUAAUAACUUGUGGAUAAAACACAUUUUUGAAACUUUUCCUGGUGAAAAAGUCAUAGAUAUUUUGAGAAAUUCUAUCUACAGGUUCGAGUGUAGGAUUAAGAUGGAUGUAAUACAACAAGGAGAUCCUAAUUUAACUGUUUAUAAAUGUGAUCAAUGUGGUUGUUUCAUCGAACCAAGUGCUUUGUUUAAGCAUUCAGAUAAUGCUUGUUUUAAGCUGAGAUAUCAUCCCUGUACUGUAUGUGGUAUACCUUUUAAUUCGUCUGCAUCUCGAAUUGAACACGAAAAAAUUCAUAAUCGUCCUGACGUUACAAUGGAGUCGUACAAAAUAGUUGUUUUCAAUCGGGAACGGGACUUGCAGAUAAAUCGUUCUUUUUGUUUGCGUAAAAAUUACGUUUUAUUUAAAUGCAGAAAUUGUGAUGUAAUCAUUGAUAAACUCCGGGAAGACAUUCAUAAAUGUGACUUCACUAAUGUGAAGCAGUGCCCAGAUUGCGCAUUGCUGCUGAAUAUGAAAGACUAUGAUAGUCAUAUGAAUACGCACAAAGAAUUUAUCAGUUUUAAUUAUAGCAACAUGAAAGUCAUUCUCCUCGGCGAGGCAAAUUUAUUGGAAAUGAAGAGUGAAAAUGUAGUCAACUCAAAAUUAAAGUUCAAAGGCGCAAUAUAUGAUUAUAAAAUUUUUGUAUGUAAUAAAUGUGAGAUAUGUAUUAGGAAUGAGGAGGUCAUGCCUAAACACAUUUGUCGUUUUGGAAAACAACGGUCAAAGUGUCUAAAAUGUGGCUUGUAUUUUUCUGUUGGAAGAUUGAAGACGCAUAAAAGGUGGCAUGAAAAAGAUCCUGAUUUUCUUCGGCCAAAUAUGUACAUAAUCUCAUUCGAUCCGUGCACUGUCGAUAAGAAUAAAAAUGACACUAAAUUGUAUAGCAAAGACAAAGAUUCUGAAUUCUCAGAUAGCAAUACCGAUUCUGAUUCGGAAAUCUUGCGUGCUAAUGAUACAAGUACUCGUGAUGAUGCAAAUGCAGUAGGAUUGACGAGGGAACCUAUCAAAGAAGAAACUGCAAAACUUUACAAGUGUACUUGCGAGUUGCAUUUUUUAAAUGAAGGUAGUAUAUCUAGGCAUUUUGGUGUGUGCAGAUCAAAUCCCAAAAUGUCUAAAUUAAAAUGCCAAAAAUGUGACUUACUAUUUACUCCAAAUGUCUUGUUUACUCAUCUGUUAGCUCAUCACAAUAAUAAUGGACGCCGUUAUAAGUAUGAUAUAAUUGAAAUAGAUUGCGACCAAGGGAAUAUGAGUCAGUAAAUGAGAAAACCAUUAUUUAAAUUUAUUUUAAGUAUUUAAACAAAUAAAUAAUUUAAGUUUAAAAACAAUCAAUUGUAAUAGAUAUAUACAGAGUUUAAAAGGACAAACCCAUUUCUGUUAGUAAUAUUUGUUAAGUGUCAUAAAUAAAUAUACAUAGUUUUAAGGAUCUCUCGAUAACAUAUAAAAAAUGUGGAUUUUUUACUUUCGUAUCUUAAUUAGGGACGUAGGUACUUUAGUAUACCUAAUGUUCAAAAUGUAUUAUUUAAUGCGUCAUACGUAAAUAAUAAACGUAUGACGCAUUAAUUUUUAACAAGCAGAAACGUCUGCAAACGAUGUUACUAAUGAUUUUUUUUUGUUUAAUGUUUAUGUUCUAAAUCUAAAAUAUAAGAAAUGUUAAUUAGUGCCCAUAUCACCAAUGGCAAUAAGUAUAAAUAAAGAAAAAAAGUUUGCAUUUUC